AAUCGUACCAUGGUUGUAGAGGAUUACGUUGAGGGAGUCCAGGCGUAUUUUCGCCUAGAGAAGGAUGGGAAAGUGGAAAAGGUCCUCCACUCCCCGACUCUCCUCGUAGAAGACAGCCUCCCAUUUGAUAUUGUUCUGGGAAUGGAUUGGGGAGAGGCAGCCGGGGCCACGCUCCAUUUGAAGGADCACGAGUGUAGGCUCCCUAGUUCGUCAGGCGAGGCUAAGAUUGCCCGCCUGUUCCAUGUGUCAGGGGUAGAGAAUUCCUUGGCGCACUGCUGCCUUAGUGCCCCCGCGUUCGCCAGAUUGGUGAAAAAGGAGAAACUAGAGGAACAUGUUUUUGUUGCCUAUGUCAGGCCAGUGACUGAGCCUAAGGAAGAGAAGCCCGUAGACCCUGCUAUUGUCAAAUUGCUGGAAGAGUUUAAGGAUUUAACAAAGCCGCCGACAGGCACGGUGCCGCGGCCCAUCCAGCACCGUAUUGAGAUAGAGCCUGGCAGUAGAACUCCUAAGGGUGCUGUAUAUAGGAUAUCCCCGCGGGAGUUGGAAGAGCUACGGAAGCAGUUGGACGAGCUUCUCGAAAAGGGUUGGAUUAGGCCCAGUUCGUCUCCUUUCGGAGCCCCUGUUCUCUUUGUCCCUAAGAAAGAGGGAGAGCUGAGGAUGUGUAUAGACUAUAGGGGUCUGAAUGCUAUUACAGUAAAGAAUGCUGAGCGACUGCCUGGGAUAGACGAUCUCUUAGAUCGAGUGCAGGGGGCGAAGUAUUUUUCUAAGCUAGAUUUGAAGUCCGGAUAUCAUCAAAUAGAGGUGCAUCCUGAUGAUCAGUAUAAGACAGCCUUCCGGACUAGAUAUGGGCACUACGAGUUUAUAGUGAUGCCCUUUGGACUAACCAAUGCGCCAGCUACGUUCCAGCGCUGUAUGAACGAUUUGUUCAGGCCGUGGUUAGAUAGAUUUGUUAUAGUGUACCUAGAUGACAUUCUAGUGUUUAGUAAGACCCUCGACGAGCAUCAGGGUCAUCUUAGGCAGGUCUUGGAAAAGCUGAGGGAAGCUAACUUCAAGAUCAAUGCAAAGAAGUGCGAUUGGGCGAAGACCCAAGUUUUGUAUUUAGGCCACGCCACGUACGCUGACAGAGUUGCGCUCGUUCCUGGGCUUAGUAAAUUACUACAGGAAGUUCGUGAGGAACUUCUUCACCAUCGCUGCGCCCCUUCGCAGAUUGCUAAGAAAAGAGACAAUCUGGAAGUGGGACAAGGACUGCACGUCUGCCAUGAAGAAGCUAAAGCAGGCGUUGAUAGAGUACCCGGUCCUUAAGGUCGCCGAUCCGUCCUUGCCUUUUGUCGUUACUACGGAUGCUAGCCAGUACGGCAUAGGYGUAGUGUUACAGCAAGACGAUG